CUUAGGUUCCAGUGUGCCGAGCAGUGUGCGCAUAUUUGGAAUCCUAUGGGGUUGGUGUCUGAAUCCUGUUACUUGAAACCCAGCAGGAAGGUUCUCUUUUACCCGGAGAUAUGACAGCCCACCGACAGUUAACUUCUGUUUACAUGGAACUCAGGAGUCUACAAACCAUGCCUCAAUCUAGGUGGGAGGUGGCGAAAGCAGAGCGGGAACAUUGUGUAGGCGGAACUCGAGUGCAGCAGUGGGAGGCUUCCGGGGGAAGAGCACCGGUGACGGGUCGGCGGAGACAGAAAAGUGCCGGACGCCGGGCCGAUCAUGGAAGCUUGACAACCUGCAGGCAGGCUCUGGGAGGCCGAGACAUCGGCGAAGAGAACAGAGAGUCGGCGGGGACAGAUCUCAAGACCAGAGAAUGGCAGGUGAACAGAAGCCCUCAAGUAACCUCUUGGAGCAGUUCAUUUUAUUAGCCAAAGGCACCAGUGGCUCAGCCCUCACCACUCUCAUAAGCCAGGUGCUGGAGGCUCCUGGAGUUUAUGUUUUUGGAGAACUGCUGGAGUUGACCAAUGUUCAGGAGCUUGCAGAAGGAGCUAAUGCUGCAUACUUGCAGUUGCUGAACCUGUUCGCCUAUGGCACGUACCCGGAUUACAUAGCCAACAAGGAGAGCCUGCCAGAACUGAGUGCAGCGCAGCAGAACAAGCUGAAGCACCUCACCAUCGUGAGCUUGGCGUCAAGAAUGAAGUGUAUCCCCUACUCUGUGCUGCUGAAAGACCUGGAGAUGAGGAAUCUCAGGGAGCUAGAAGACCUUAUCAUUGAGGCUGUCUACACUGACAUUAUCCAGGGCAAACUGGACCAGCGAAAUCAGCUCCUGGAAGUGGAUUUCUGUAUUGGCCGUGACAUCCGGAAGAAAGAUAUCAAUAACAUUGUCAAGACCUUGCAUGAGUGGUGUGACGGCUGUGAGGCAGUUCUCUUGGGCAUUGAACAGCAGGUUCUGAGAGCCAACCAGUACAAAGAGAACCACCACCGGACUCAGCAGCAGGUGGAAGCCGAGGUUAGCAACAUUAAGAAGACACUCAAAGCAACAGCGUCCUCCUCAGCUCAGGAAAUGGAGCAGCAGCUGGCCGAACGGGAGUGUCCCCCCCAUACUGAGCAGAGGCAACCCACUAAGAAGAUGUCCAAAGUGAAAGGUCUGGUCUCCAGCCGCCACUAGGGCCGGCUGGGGCAGCUGGCACUCAGCAGGCCUGGGUCAGGUCGGGAGGGGACACCCAGGGCCUAUUUCCGUCCCUCUCUAACUGCAGUGAGUUCCAGAUCUGCCCGUCCCUCACCAGUACCUCCCCAUCCAUUGGUACCAUUUCUGAAAAUGAUUGCCCCUCCCUUGCCUCCUUUUCUAGUUGUUCCCUUCAGACUCAGGGGCUCAACGGAUGCCAUCCAAACAGGGUCCAGCACUGCCCGGCUUCCCUGCAGGGGUCCUUGUCUUUGUGAUGGGCUACCUCCCUCCCAGUUGUUCUUUGCUCCCUGUCAUUUUGUCAGGCUGGUCCUAAGCUGGAGGCAGUUUACCCAGCCCCGAGGGAUGACUGUGGAGGUGGCUCCUCUCUGAGUGAAGAGGGGGCCUUGCUUCUCCAGCCCCAUGUACCACAGUACCCACAAUGGUGCAAGUGUCUCUAGCCAGGUAGCCACAUGUUCCCUCUCCUGCCUUACCCCUGUUGGCAGUGCCAGUUGAGGCCAUGGAGGGAUGUGGUGCUGGGCUAUGUUUACUAAACCUUUGGGUUUUCAGCCUCUUAAGCCUAGCCAGGAUCUCUCAUCAAGUUGGGGCACUGGGCUGACUAACCCCUGGUGUCUGAUACCAGUGUAGGGUGCUUGGGUCUGUGGGCAGCAGAAGGAGUUUCUCCUAGCUUGGUGUCCUCUGUGGGCUACUCUUCCUGCUGUCUCUGACUGUAAGCCUUGGUUGGCAUUUAGGCCCAGCUGCCUCCUGGGAUUGUCUGCCAACAUUUGCUCCCCUGAGAUCUUUCAUGCCUCCUGGCUGCCCCUGGGGUAAGAGUGGUGGUGCCGAAGCCCCUCAGACUGGUGAAGGACCAUUGCUGCUUCUGUCUCCUUCCUUCCCGCCCCUCCUUGGCUGGUGACCCAGAGCCCUCUGCUGACAUCAUACUCCACUCCUGGCCAGAGAGAAGGACUUGACUAGACUUUCUGAACUUGAAUAGUUUCAGGUUAUAUUUUAAUUUUUUUUUUGUACAGGUUGAUUCUAAUACAUUUCAACAUGCUUUUUUCUCCCUUUGUGUCAAUAUUUGUUAUAGUCUAAUCGCCGGGGAUUUCUCACUUGGUUGGAGGGUGUGUGUGUAGGUGGGGGGGACUAUGUGGGGGGGGUUAUGUGGGGUGUGUUUGGGGAGGGUGGGGAUGUGAGGGGUGUGUGUAUGUGUGUGUGUGUGUAUUUUGUUUCCUAAAGGGAGAUGGAGGCCCUGUACUGAUUUAAACCUCAUUGAGUUUAAAAAGCACAUUUUAGGAAAAAAAAGAAAAAGAAAAAUGUAGAUUUGACAUAUGCGAUUGUGGAAUAUGGGGUUGUACAGCUGGUGGGUUUGGAGGGCAGUGAUUUGAGUAGUUCAGAGAAAUGUGAUGCUAUUUUAGUGGCAUGGUUAAAAAGUGAGUUGAUCCAGUGUUAAAGUAUUCUUGUGUUCCUUAUAUGCUGGUCCAUAUGCCCAUAUAACACUAUGCCUAACCAUCGGUUAAGUUUGAUUCCCAAAGUGUGUUUGAUGAAUCCCCAGAUCACAUGCUCUGUGGAAGAGGGGUUCUGUUAUUAAAUAAAUGUGGCACUCCCUACA